AUGCGACGCGCAAAUCUGACCGACGAAGACAAAGACGCCGGCUUUUGCCAACUCUUCGUCGAAACCCUAGAAGGACCGGCCCUUACUUGGUUCACAGGCCUCAUAGAAAACUCCGUCGAUUGUUUCCACGACCUCUCGACGGCCUUCCUGAAGAACUAUAUCAUGUUCACCAACCAAGAAACGACCGUGUCAGAUUUGUGGAACCUCACUCACACCAGCGGCCAAAGCCUCCGCGACUUCAUGGGGAAGUUCAAGGCUAUCGUCUCGAAAGUUGAUAUUCCUGACCCUAUCGCUGUCGAGUCUCUGAUGAAUACUUUGCACGUUGACUCCACGUUCCGUCAGGAUCUUUACCGAUACCCGACGAAAUCUGUUUCCGACGCCAUCGCUCGCUCGAAUAACUUCAUCCGCAUGGAAGAAGACACAAGAGCAAAGUUCGCAAAAGAAGCAGCAGCGAAACAGCGACCCGCCCGAACAAACGACACCCGCCCUGAGCCCCGCCAGCACUCUUCCGGUGGGAAUACCACUCAGAAGCGAGGCUACGUUAGUUCGGUCGGCGAUGAGGAAUCGCCAAAAACAGCAGCCGUCACGCGAGAGAAAGCCUGGAACCACUGGGAUCGAGACUCCGCUCCAAAGCAAUCAAAGUCGUCCGAACCAGCGAGUUCAAAUUCCGAGGAACCAAAGAAAUGGUGCCUCUACCACAAAAGGGAUUCCCAUGAUACGAAGGAAUGCAAGAACAAGGAGAAGAAGGCACAAAAGUCUCAACAGAACACGGCCCCGAGCGAGGAAAGAGCAAGCCCUGAGCGCACUCCUGUCAACAACGUUGGCCCUGCCAACGAUUCGUCAGAAGACGAACAUCCGCGUCGCCGGCGACGAGUGGAAGUCAUACUCUCUCGCCCUUGUGACUCCUCUGACGACGACUCCUCGACAAUGCAACCAGAUUUACGCGACAAACUGAACAGCAAAGUUGAGCAGUCUCUCACUUCCCCGAUAACAGAUAGACCUGCGCACCCUAUUGAAGCGAAAGAGCGCUACGAACGAACACGUAGGAAGCGCCGACCUCCGUGUGACCAUCUCAAAAUCCAGCGCCCGAAGAAUAGGUCAAACCGGCGACCUUCGCGACCAGCUCAAUUCAAAGGCCGACGACCUGCGAAUCCAACUCAACCAUUCGAAAGGGUCCGAUCUGCGACGACGUCUCGAAUCAGAUAA